UGGGCGGAGUUUGGGCCUCUAGGGUUUUCGCGCCUCUCUCGCUCCCUCUCUACGUCACUGCGUGCGUAGGCGCCCAGCUUUCAAAAUGCAGCGGGAAUUGGUGGGCUUCCCGCUGUCUCCCGCAGUGCGCGUGAAGCUGGUGGCCGCGGGUUUUCAGACUGCGGAGGACGUCCUGGAGGUGAAGCCCUCCGAGCUCAGCAAAGAAGUUGGGAUAUCUAAAGAGGAAGCCUUGGAAACUCUCCAAAUUCUAAGAAGAGAAUGUCUCACAACUAAACCAAGAUGUGCUGGUACAUCUGUGGCAAACAAGAAGUGCACAGCACUGGAACUUCUAGAGCAAGAGCAUGCCCAGGGCUUCAUAAUCACCUUCUGUUCAGCACUAGAUAACAUUCUCGGGGGUGGAAUACCCCUAUUGAAAACGACAGAAGUUUGUGGUGUACCAGGUGUUGGGAAAACACAGUUAUGUAUGCAGUUGGCAGUAGAUGUGCAGAUUCCAGAAUGUUUUGGAGGUGUGGCCGGUGAAGCAGUGUUUAUUGAUACAGAGGGAAGUUUUAUGGUUGAUAGGGUGGUAAGCCUGGCAACCGCCUGCAUUCAGCACCUUCAUCUCAUAGCAGGAAGGCACAUGGAAGAAGAACAUCAGAAAGCCUUGAAGGAUUUUACUCUUGAAAAUAUUCUUUCCCAUAUUUACUAUUUUCGUUGUCACGAUUACACUGAGCUGCUGGCACAAGUCUAUCUCCUUUCAGAUUUCCUUUCAGAUCAUCCAAAGGUGCAGUUAGUGAUAAUAGAUGGAAUUGCUUUUCCCUUUCGUCAUGACCUUGAAGAUCUGUCCCUUCGUACUCGAUUACUAAAUGGCCUUGCCCAACAAAUGAUCAGCCUCGCAAAUAAUCACAGAUUAGCUGUUAUUUUAACUAAUCAGAUGACAACAAGGAUUGAUAAAAAUCAAGCUUUGCUUGUCCCUGCAUUAGGGGAAAGCUGGGGACAUGCGGCUACAAUAAGGCUAAUUUUUCACUGGGAACAAAAGCAAAGAUUUGCAACAUUGUACAAGUCACCAAGCCAGAAGGAGUCCACAGCACCAUUUCAGAUCACACCUCAGGGAUUUAGAGAUGCUGUUGUUACUGCUGCCUCAUCACAGACAGAAAGUUCUUCGAAUUUCCGGAAACGAUCACGAGAACCAGAGGAAGAAUGCUGACCAAAUACUAACAUCUGUGCAUCCGGUUAACUGAUGAUGUGCUGUUCAGUGUGGUAUGUAUGUAUGUACAUAUGUAUGUGCACUGUGUGUGUGUGUGCUGGUGCCUACAAAAGCAAGCUGAGGGUGGUGGAUCUCGUGUAACUGGAGUUACAAGUAAAACUGAACCACCAUGAAGGUGCUGGGAACGAACCUAGUCCUGCAAGAACCAAAAUGUUCCCAACUGCCGAGCCAUCUCUCAGCUCCUCCACCCUGUCUGAGGCGGGAUUUCUUGUUUUAUCUCUUCACACUCCAGGUCCUCACACUUUGGCUACUUCUGUUUUUGCCUCCUGUCUCACUGGGACACUGGGAAUUGAACUCAGGUCGUCAGGCUUGCAUAGCAAGUACUUUUACCCACUGAGCAUAUUUCCAGGCCCCCACCUUUUAUCUCCAGAAAAAUCUCUUAUUGAACAUGGAGCUCACGGACUCAGAGGUUCCCUGUCCACCCCCCAGCAGCAAGAUGCACAAAUACGCUGCUCUGCACCAGCUUUUAUAUGCAAUCCUCAUGCCUGCAUGUCAGGCGCUUUGCCCACGGAGCCAUUUCCCUAGCUCAUGAGAAGAUUUCUGAAGCACUGUUCUAUAAUUAUAUUGUAAUGUGUUUUUAUUUUGAGUAAUGUGGAAAGCUGACCUUAUGUUACCUAUCUGGAUUUACCACCCAGAGUGGAAAAUUUCUUUGUCAAUUGCCUAAAAAAUAAUAGAAAUAAAACAUUAUAAUACAUUUUAA